CAAAUAGCGAAGAAUUUGAGGGCAUGCAAAUCGUGAUUUGGCCGGCGUAGGCGAUUUCGGACCGAUUUACUGGCCUGCAACCUGAUGAAUGGAACAAAAGGUGGUGCGCCAAUGCGUCCGAACUAAGGGUAUAUUGUCUUGAAGUAAAGGGCCCAGGCCAGGCAAAGUUGAAUAGAUUGUACGAAUUUUAUCUACACACUUAUUCACAAACGUGGAGAUUAGCAGUGGUAUAAAGCCAGAGAUCGUAUUUGCAUAAACUAUCGUUGUUCAAGAAAAACUGUAAGUGGGAGAAUGAGACACGGGACUGUAGAUUCGUGCAAGAACGGACUGGGCUUGUGUACCAGCAGCCAGUAACGGCUUCCCACACAACACGCGCACAAUAGAUCGGCAAUAAUCUUGUCAUCUGCCACUAUGAGCGUACAUGUAUCUUGUCAGUGUGACAAACGGAUCUCGUGGGUUUCCGUUGACAAGAUAGGUUCUUAGGUUCUCGUCACUAUGACCAGAACCCAGGCACCAAAUCUGUUCAGUAAGCGGUAAACGUCAUUCAACCAUAACGGGCUCAAGCAUCCAUCAUUCGGAUUAACGUAGAAAGUAGAUGUACAUGUACAAUGCUAAGCGCACUCUAUCUCUAAUAGUUCCUCUUUGUCGGACUGGAAACGGGCGAUACACUGGUCAUCGAAAUCAUUUAGUCACUUUUCCGCAAAGUCUUUGAAAUAUAUUUUCUGGAACUCGGGAGUGGACGGCUUUUAUGUCAACUAAACUGGUUAUUUGAAAUAUAUAUAUAUAGGAUCUGGAACUUGGAGUGGACGACUUUUAUGUCAACUAAAUUGGUCAAAAGCAUGGGUUCAGCAGGCGGAACUGACGCGGGUCUCGCCGGUUGGUUAGUUGUGCUCGCUCUGUGGACCCGAUUUUUCCUUAUGGUGGGAGUCCUGAAAUCCAUCGGUAUGAUGAUUCCCUUGCUGCAAGAUCAGUUUGAUACCUCCACGUGGGUCCUGGGCUGGAUAUCCUCCAUCAUCGGCACUUCCUCAGGAAUAUCUGGCAUUUUUUCGAAACUGAUCGGCAGACGUUUCCGUCCCGGUUACGCGGUCAUGACGUGUGGUGUCAUGAUCAGUGCCGCGGUCAUUAUUGCGUCGUUUGCAACCUCUCCUGGCCACCUAGCGUGUGUUUUUGUUGUGCUUUUAGGCACAGGAUUCGGAAUUUCUGGUGUGCUAAUGAAAGAGGUCAUCGGUCGCUGCUUCACCACGAACUACGCCACUGCUACGGGCAUCGCACGGACUGGUGAUUCUGCCGGGCUGAUCGUGUGUGCACCACUCUUUCAGUUAUUCCUCGAUACGUAUGGAUGGAGAGGAGCCAUGCUGCUCAUGGGUGCAAUCUCUAUGCAUCUUGUCGUGUGUGGCGCCCUCAUGGUACGAGCAGGACCUACGAGCACAUACCAAGAGCUCUCUGAAGACGAUGUCAUCUCGGAACCAAGUCAACUUCCUACUUCUUGCGACGCGCUCUCCAGGAAUCUUUCCAGGAAUUUUGAAAUCCAGCUGCUGUCCGAUUACCGUUACUGGGCAGCGGCAAGCGUAGCUUGCUGCACAAAGUACGCUUUCAACAUGUGGAUCAUUUACUUUGUCUCACAAGCACAAUCGAAUGGAUUUUCCUUGGAGGAUGCCACAACAUUUGUAACAGUUGCAGGGGUUGGCGGUUUACUCGGCAGACUAGCUCAGGGACUGUUGAUGGAUCGCAAGAUAAUACCACUCUUCCCUCUAAUGGCCAUAACGAUGACCGUCUGCUCUGCGUCGUUCUGCGCAACUCCGUUUCUGACGUCGUAUUGGCUAAUGAUGACGUCAUCGCUGAUGAUUGCAACAUUUUCUGGCGCCCUCUGCUGUUUACAAGACGUUCUUUGCAAGCAGGUUCUGGGCGUAAAUUUAUUGGCCGGUGCUUUUGGCUGGAGAGGAAUCACCAGCGCCACCAUGGAUUUCUCUCUCGGUUUUAUUCCUGGUUUGAUUUACGACACGACAGGCAGCUACACCACGGCAUUUAUUUUCCUGGGUUCCGUGCAGUUCAUUCCAAUGUUUCCACUUCUGAUUCUGAGGUACAAUGGAUGGGUUGAAUGAUCACGGCAAAGAUCUACCGUACAUGUACAUGUAUAUAGGAGAAGAUCGGACACUCAGCUGAAAAAAGUGAAACAGGAGGUAGUUGUGCGUGGAGAAGGGUGCCCUUAGCGUUAGGUAGGUAAAAAAAGUAGGUUUGCUCCAUGCACUUUAUGUGAUAACUUCGUUGUGCAAUGUCACUAAACUUUUUUUCUUUCAGAUAUGUAACAUUUUAAAGGAGUUUAUUCUCUGGUGCUUCAUGGGAAAUUCCUGAGUGCCUCUUAAACAAAUGGACAGUGUACAGCAGUGGCGUAG